CGCCGUAGUGUUGUGUGUGAACUAUGCGCGGGACUCAAAUACGCCGGUGUUUGAUAACGAAAGCAAACGCUAACAUUUUGGUUACUUGAUAUGUUGUUAAAUAAGUUUUUGCUGUGGGAGUUAUUUAUUUAAUGCAGAAGCAGGGCGCUUCUGUUGCCAAAGUAAGGAGAAAAAGAAGAGAAGGCUUUUGUAAAAAAGACAGAAAAAGGCACAUCUAUUUAAAUGUAUUCGUUUAAUUUGGAUUGAACUCCUGAUUCAGAAUGAGGAGAAGUCUAGCACCCAGUCAGGUGGCCAAAAGGAAACAAGGGCCGGAUUCAGACGAUGAGGACUGGGAGCCUGACAUCGCAUCACAAAGUAAGAGAGGCUGUCGAGAAACCUACAUCUCUCCCUUCAGAAAACCCCUGACAGCGCUCACCAACAGACCCCUGUGCACAGAUGGCCAGGAGCAUGAAGCAUUCAUUCGCAAGAUCUUGUCAAAGCCAUUUAAAGUUCCCAUCCCAAAUUAUACAGGUCAGUCUGGUGUGAAGUUCCUGUGGGACUGUGUGACAGGAAGGCGGAUUGAAAACUCGUACGGCUGUAUAAUGGCGGAUGAGAUGGGGCUGGGGAAGACGCUGCAGUGCAUCACUCUCAUGUGGACUUUACUGAGACAGAGCCCUGAUUUCAAACCUGAGAUCGACAAGGCCAUCGUGGUGUCGCCCUCCAGCCUCGUGAGAAACUGGUACAAUGAAGUGGGCAAAUGGCUCGGUGGACGCAUACAGCCUCUCGCUAUCGACGGCGGCUCCAAAGACGAGAUCGAUCGCAAACUUGAAAGCUUCAUGUCCCAGUAUGGCAUGCGAGUGCCAACUCCAAUUCUGAUAAUAUCCUAUGAAACCUUUCGCCUCCACACUGAAGUCCUGCACAAAGGCAAAGUUGGGCUGGUUAUUUGUGAUGAGGGCCACAGGCUGAAGAACUCGGACAACCAGACGUACCAGGCGCUGAACGCUAUGAACGCCCAGAGGAGAGUGCUGAUAUCGGGGACUCCCAUUCAGAACGACUUACUGGAAUAUUUCAGUUUGGUGCACUUUGUAAAUGCUGGUAUUCUUGGCACAGCUCAGGAGUUUAAGAAACGCUUCGAGAUCCCGAUCCUGAAGGGUCGUGACGCUGACGCCAGUGAUAAAAACAGGGCAGCCGGAGAGGAGAAACUCAAGGAGCUCAUCUGCAUUGUUAACAGGUGUUUGAUUCGAAGAACCUCAGAUAUUCUUUCCAAGUAUCUGCCUGUGAAGAUUGAACAGGUUGUCUGCUGCAAACUGACUCCCUUCCAGAAAGAGCUGUAUAAGUUAUUCCUGAAACAGGCCAAACCUGUGGAGAGUGUGCAGAGCGGCAAGAUCAGCGUGUCUUCUCUGUCGUCCAUCACCUCGCUUAAGAAGCUCUGCAACCAUCCUGCCUUGAUUUAUGAGAAGUGUCUGGCAGGAGAAGAGGGCUUUGAUGGAGCAAUGGAUCUCUUCCCCCAAAAGUAUUCCACUAAAGCAGUGGAGCCUCAGCUCUCCGGGAAGAUGCUAGUACUGGACUAUAUCCUGGCGAUGACCAGAACAACAACAAGUGACAAAGUGGUUCUGGUUUCUAACUACACACAGACUUUGGAUCUUUUUGAAAAACUGUGUCGAACCCGAAGAUACCUUUAUGUUAGGCUGGAUGGGACAAUGUCCAUCAAGAAGAGAGCAAAGAUUGUGGAGAGAUUCAACAACCCUUCUAAUCCAGAGUUCAUCUUCAUGCUGAGCAGUAAGGCUGGAGGCUGUGGCCUUAAUCUGAUUGGUGCAAAUCGCUUGGUGAUGUUCGACCCUGACUGGAAUCCAGCCAAUGACGAGCAGGCGAUGGCCAGGGUGUGGCGAGAUGGACAGAAGAAGACCUGCUACAUCUACAGACUGCUAUCGACGGGAACGAUAGAGGAGAAGAUCUUACAGAGACAGGCUCAUAAGAAAGCCUUGAGUAGCUGCGUCGUGGACGAGGAACAGGACGUGGAAAGACAUUUCUCUCUCGGAGAGCUACGAGAACUCUUUUCACUCAACGAGGACACAGUCAGCGACACACAUGACCGGUUUCGCUGCAGGCGCUGUGUGAACAGUCGACAGGUUCGUGCUCCUCCAGAAGAUUCGGACUGCACUAGCGAUCUGUCCAACUGGCAUCACUGUUCGGAUAAAAGAGGCCUGAGGGACCCGGUGCUGCAGGCAUCCUGGGACGCUGCCGUCUCGUUCGUCUUCCACCAGCGCUCGCAUGAGGACCAGAGAGGUGUCGUCUGAGCAUCAUGAGUCAAAC